AUGUUCGUUCUGCAAUGGGUUUACCUUGCAGGCCUUCUUGGAGGAGCCCUUGCCUCUCCAAGCCAAUCGAUUGCUAAAAGAAGCACCGUCAGCGAAAUUCUGACUGAUAUUGAAGAUGCCGUCACCUGUACAGCAUGCGAGGCACUUCUCGUUGUCCUCCAGGCAUUGGCCCAUUUGGGAAAUGACGAUUUUGUCGAUGUAAUCACCGAAGUCUGUAUUUUGGCAGGGGUUGAGGAUAGCGAUGUUUGCGACGGUGCCAUCUCCCGUGAAGGACCCAUCCUCGCCCAUGAUCUUCGCAAUAUGGACAUUCCUUCCACAACUGAGACACUGUUUUGCUCUACCGUAUUCGGGCUAUGCGAUUACCCCGAUGUCGCGGAAUACACAGUAGACUUUCCAUAUGCUAAGCCAGCCAAUGCAUCGCGUCCAGCUCCCAGUGGAAAAAUCCCUAUCCAGGUUGUCCACAUCAGCGAUAUCCACGUUGACCUUUCGUAUGAGACGGGCGCCAAUUACAACUGUACUAAGAACAUUUGCUGUCGCCCGUACACAUCCGCUGAUGCGCCCGGAAAUACCAGCUACCCGGCUGGUGAGUACGGCAAUCACCAGUGCGAUUCGCCCCUUACACUUGAGGAGAGCAUGUACGAAGCAAUUGCGAGCCUUGUACCCGACGCAUCUUUUACCAUUUUCACGGGUGAUGUCGUCGAAGGCGCCGUUUGGCUUGUCAACGAGACCGAAGUCACCAACGAUCUGAAUGAUGCAUACAAAACCCGGAUGCCUUCUUACCUUGAUUUGGUUUACGGUGUCAUUGGCAAUCAUGAUGUUGCGCCUGUCAACUCAUUCCCUCCUUCCGAUAUCGAUACCACCAUCUCCAGCCAAUGGGCUUACGAUACCCUUUCCUCGGAUUGGACUCAAUGGAUUGGAUCGACAGCUACAAACGGUGCUGAUGAUUAUGGCUCUUACUCUGUCAAGUACCCGAAUGGUAACCUGCGCAUCAUUUCGUUCAACACCAACUUCUACUACAAGGAGAACUUCUGGUUGUACGAGAAGACCAUGCAGUCGGAUCCAAACGGCCAGCUAGCUUGGCUCGUCACUGAGCUUCAGGCUGCGGAGACCGCGGGCGAGCGCGUGUGGCUUCUCGGACACAUGCCCAUGGGAGCCGGUGAUGCAUUCCACGAUGGGUCCAACUACUUCAAUCAGAUCAUCCAACGCUACGAUGCGACUAUCGCAGCUGUCUUCUAUGGUCAUACUCACAAGGACGAGUUUGAAAUUGCCUACUCCAACUAUUCCGCUCAAUCUGCAAGCACUGCCACCAUGAUGUCCUACAUUGCGCCAGCCUUGACCCCAACCUCGGGCAAUCCGACUUUCCGUGUUUACUCAAUUGACCCAGUGACGUUCGGUGUGCUGGAUUUUACUGUCUACAUCACCAACAUGUCGAGCUCUACGUAUCAGACCAAGCCAACAUGGGAGAAGUACUACUCUGCGAAGGAGACCUAUGGUUCUCUCCUCAGUCCCGCUGUCACCGAUAGUGCCGCAGAGCUCACGCCUGCAUUCUGGCAUAAUGUCACCGCACUAUUUGAGAGUGACGAUUCGGUCUUCCAGGACUAUAUUGCUCGGAAGAGCCGAGGAUGGGAUGUUUCGGCUUGCACGGGCGACUGCAAAACGGACGAAAUUUGUCAACUUCGAGCAGCCGAGUCACAGUACAAUUGUGUGACGAUCUCGCCGGGUAUUAAUUUCAAAAAGAAGAAGCGUUCUGACAGUAGCACCGUGAAGGCAGAAAGAGCGUGCGGUGAAUCCGUUAUUGGUGCCAUAUUUGCCAACUUUGAAGAGAGCGUGUCAGCAUUCAAGUCGUCCGCAUCUUCAAAGCUAGGCCAGAGUUUCCUGAACACUACGGUGAACUCCACCGUCGCGUAA